AUAUAAAAAAAAAUUAUCAUAAAAUUUGGGAGUAAAAAAAAUAAUAUUGUUUUCGCAAGCAAGAGUAGUAUCGGCAAAGCAGAAGAAUUCUUCGAAGUGUGGAGGCCGCUCAGAGUUUGGAGUUGUAGCUUUCUCGAUUUCUCUCUUUCUCUCUUUCAGAGAUUAUAAUGGACUCAGACGAACGUAGGUACUUCGAGGAUGAGGAUUCAUCACUCACAAAAACUUUUAAGGGUGCAACAACUGGUUUAGUUGCUGGCACUAUCUUGGGUACUGUUGUUGCUACCUGGUAUGAUGUUCCCCGUGUUGAGAGAAGUGUUGCUCUUCCGGGGCUCAUUAGAACUUUGAAGAUGAUGGGUGGCUAUGGAGCGACCUUUGCUGCCAUAGGAGGAGUCUACAUAGGUGUGGAACAGGUGCUGCAGAACUACAGGAUGAAGAGGGAUCUUGUAAAUGGUGCUGUUGGUGGAUUUGUUGCUGGUGCAACUAUUCUGGGUUACAGAGGAAGGAGCAUCUCAACCGCAAUUUCUGCCGGAUCAGCAUUGGCUUUCACAUCUGCAGUCAUUGAUUUUGCGGCCACACCUUUUAAACACGAUGAAGGGAAGGAGUAUGCUGCAUUAACUACAAAGAAAAGACCCAGUAACAAUGCAUAAUUUUUAAUCAUUGCACCUUUAUGACCGAAGACAUUUCAAGUUGAUUGGAGAGUGAAUCACUCUUUGUUGAGCCAGUUGUUUGUUGAGUUGGAAUUACAUGGCAUUCCAUAUUUUCUUUUGUAAGUUGCAGAACUAGUUGAAUUCCAAUAAAUGUACGAUGAUGUGUUAAUUUGGUUCUAAUCUUCCAUAACCUUAUAUAAUAGUCCACAAUCUUCCUUGGGAUGAAUUGAUGAAUACUAUACAUGAAGCUGGCGCAGUAGAGAACUAGGGCUUGUUUAUAGCUUUUACGUUCUCAACACAGUUUCGAGUCAUGUACGAUAUCUGAAGUCUUAAUAAAGAAGGGAUAAUUAUAAUGCA